AUGUCAACGGAGGCCCCCGUAUCCGGUGUGGAUACGACCUCUCUGACGCCGCAUACUCGUGGACAUGGACAUGGACCCAGUCGCGGUCGCGGUCACUCUCGAUCCACUCGUUGGUCGCAUGGCCCUAUAUCCCAUUCAGUAUCAGCAUUGAAUGCAUCUACGAUUCAGUCGUCACCUGUAGUGGGCACGGAUACCCCCAAUGGCUCCGUGUCAAACACAACAUUUUACGGCCACCUACAUUCGCACUCGCACGGCUCUGUUCAUGAAAACGGGUGGGGAGGUAUGAGCCACGGUGGUGUGUUUCACACUCAUACAGCAAAACACAGCCAUUCGGAAAGUGUGCCGAGCUUUGUGCAUGACAAUGCCAUUGCAUCUUCGAGUUCCGAGUCAAACAGCACAAACGACGGCUUUGCCGGUUUUCUAGCAGCACUUCCGUGGAUUGCAACUUCGUGGUAUUAUCGGCGUUACGUGCAAUGGGAAUCACCAGCCCCGCCUCCCAGCGAUGUUGCGAGCGAAGAUAUCUUGGCCAGUUCCGGCACUAGGCAUUUGGACCAUACAAUGAGGAAAACUUGCUUUCUGGCGGCGGUAACGAUGAUCAUGCUUGGGGGCGCACAGCUAUUUCAAAUUGCCCAGCGUGGUGGUUCAGUGUUGACCUUCCCGAAAAUUGGUCCAAAUGAGGUUCGUACCUCGCUGGGCAAAACAUGCUCUGUUGCGCUGCCUAUUUAUGCAUCAUUGAAAGUCGGCGGAUUUCUUGUUGCCUUUGCUCUGCUGCUUGCAACAGCAUCUGGUCUUCCAACAAUUAUUCCUGGAACUAAUUCACAGUAUUGUAACCGGGGAAGGCUAAGUCAGAAAAAACUGACCUUGGGAGUUAUUCUAGCAGCCAUUGUAUUAAGCUAUUUGGGCCUGAACACUUCUUGGGACGCACACCCUCUCUUAGGCUACAUGUCACUAUGUUUGUCGAUAUUCAUCAUCCGUCCGCCAUUUAUGGGAUCUUCCUCCUCCACCGGCUCCGGAGCUGGGCUCGAUAUCUCUGCGUCUGAACACACCGUCCACUCAGUCUCGCAACACAAAGUUUCGACUCCCAGCUCAUCAGAUGUUAUUUCCCCGGACUAUUCAAUCCUCACAGCUACUUCCGGACUCCUUUUAGCCCUUGCAACUGCGCUGGUGUCUGGUGGUGUGUCACUUCAGGCCAUAGAUUUGUUUUAUUUACUUUCCACCGCCGGUGCAUUCACAGCCUGCUUAACCAACGAUGCAUCGCGAGUGAGCAACCUUAUCAUUCGUUACAGCGAGCCAUAUCCUCUUCUAUACAGCAUCCUGAAGGAGAGUGAUUCACGCCGCAUCUUCUAUUUUAUGAGUCUUAAUUUCGGCUUCAUGCUGGUCCAGCUGUCUUACGGCUUUCUUACUGGGUCGCUAGGUCUUCUAAGCGAUAGUAUCCACAUGUUCUUCGACUGCCUUGCACUUGUAGUUGGCCUAUGUGCGGCUGUUAUGAGCAAGUGGCCGCCAAGUGCUAGAUUUCCCUAUGGCUAUGGGAAGGUGGACACCCUAUCGGGUUUCGCAAAUGGUGUUUUCCUUAUGAUCAUCAGCAUUGAAAUUAUCUACGAAGCAGUAGAAAGGCUCUCGUCUGGCAGCCAGGUGAACCGCAUCGGCGAGCUUCUGGUCGUCAGCAUUGCCGGUCUCCUAGUAAAUCUUGUUGGCAUACUGGCAUUUGACCAUGGACACGCGCACGGACAUGAUCACGGCCAUCAUGGACACUCCCAUGGGAAUGAAAAUAUGCACGGUAUUUUCCUCCACAUUCUAGCCGAUACUCUAGGUUCUGUGGCCGUGGUUAUCUCCACUGUCUUAGUACAUUACUCUGGCUGGGCCGGGUACGAUCCCAUCGCGUCCUGCCUGAUUGCGAUUUUAAUCUUUGUGUCAGCUAUUCCGCUCGUGAGUAGUACAGCGAAGACCUUGCUUCUUACUCUUCCGGCAGAUGUGGAAUACAACGUCCGCGACACUCUGGGCGGCGUUAGUACCUUACGGGGUGUUGUGGGAUACACCGUGCCCAAGUUCUGGCUCGACGAUACGGCCGGUUCUGGGGAUGAUCAUCACCAUGGUCAUGGUCACAGCCAUGGCCAUAGCCAUAGUCAUUCCCAUAGUCAGCAUGACGAGCAGACUCAUAACCACUGCCAUGACCACCACGAGCACGAGCACGAGCACGAAAAACACAAUCCCAACGUUCUCGGUGUCAUUCAUGUGAUUGCUUCUCGCAGCGCGGAUCUCGAAGACGUCCGGCAACGAACGACCGACUUUCUUCAUGAGAAGAAUAUGGACAUUAUGGUCCAGGUUGAACGUGAGGGAGAUGGACGAUGCUGGUGCGGAGGUGGAAAUAAGACGUGA